GUUGCCAUUCGCCGCCGGCGCUAAAACAAGAGCUUCCUUCUUCGCUCAUCUUCGUCGUCGCUCUCUCUCUCUCUGCGUGGAGCUUAAAGAGACGCGUCUUCGAGCCAUGGAUUUGGAAUCGUUUUACGAAAUCGAUCGCACGGCGGAGUUCAUCCUGAGUCGGAACUUCGCCAGAGUCGCUUUGCAGUUUCCGGAUGACCUGUUAAAGGAUUCAACAAAGGUGGUGAGAGCUUUACGUACGAAACUUGCUUCUCUGAGAGCAUCUUCCGGUGAGGAAAACAGAGGAGACCAUGAUGUCGGACUAUUUGUGAUGGCAGACAUCACCUUUGGUAGUUGUUGCGUGGACGAGGUCGGGGCUUCGCAUAUUAAUGCUGACUGUGUCAUACAUUAUGGGCAUACUUGUCUUACUCCCACAUCAACCCUUCCAGCAUUUUUUGUUUUUGGAAAGGCUCCUAUAAAUGUAUCAACUUGUGUAAACAACCUAUUGCACACUGCUAGUACAGCUGGUCAACCUGUUAUGGUUCUUUUUGGGCUGGAAUAUGCCUAUGCUAUGCUGGAUGUGAGAAAGGCAGUGUUGGAAGCAUUACUAUCGUAUGAAUCCCAAGCUGAACUGGAAAUACAAUUUUCUGAUGUUGUAUGUUCAGUGCUAGAUCCCUCAGGGAAGUCUGGCGACUCUUGCGGAAUCACAGAAUUGGUUGGUGUGUCUCAUGCCAAUGAUGCUGUUGGUGUACAAAGUAUCACUAGGCACAGCACUGGAGGUCUAGUGUGGAAUGUGCCUCAAGGGCGCAAAGUGGAGGAAUACUCAAUGUUUUGGAUAGGGUCAGAGAAUGCUGCAUUUGCAAAUUUGGUUUUGACAUUCAAUGGGUGUGAAAUAGUCAGAUAUGAUGCGACAGAAGAUCGCUUGGUGACAGAUUUAUCACAACAGAGAAAAAUACUUAAGCGUAGAUACUUCCUGGUGGAGAAAGCAAAAGAUGCUAAUAUUGUUGGGAUUUUGGUGGGGACCCUCGGUGUUGCUGGCUAUCUUCAUAUGAUACAUCAAAUGAAAGAGCUGGUCACAGGAGCUGGAAAAAAGGCAUAUAUUCUUGCCAUGGGGAGACCAAAUCCUGCAAAGCUUGCCAACUUCCCUGAGUGCGAUGUUUUCAUCUAUGUCUCCUGUGCCCAAACGGCUCUGCUGGACAGCAAAGAGUUUUUGGCUCCUGUAAUCACACCAUUUGAAGCCAUGAUAGCUUUCAAGAGUGGAAGUCAAUGGACAGGAGAGUACGUUAUGGAAUUUCGGGAUUUGAUUAAAUUAUCCCCAGAAGAAGUCAGGAAACCAUCAGAAGAAGCUCGUUUCUCCUUCCUUCAGGGUGGAUAUGUAGAAGACCAAAAUCUGGAUGGUAUUCUUGCUCCACUAGGGCUUGACGAGGAAGAUUAUGAAGGGGAUCUCGCAUUGGCGCGUGCCGCAGAGAAGGCUCUUUCACUGCGCGACAGGUGUCCCAAUUCUGUUGUCAAAGGAAUGGCUAAAUCUGGGGCUGAGUUUCUCGCAGCUAGAACCUAUCACGGUCUUGACAUGGAUAGCUACAGUUCUUCCCCAGAGCCGUUUAUAGUUGGCAGGACGGGCAAGGCGUCAGGGUAUGAGGAUGAGAAAAGCCGUGAGAAGGAUUAGAUGGGUCUGAUAAAAAGUUUAGCUGCAUUGAAGUUCCCGGAUGCGACCUACUGACCACCUUGAUCUUUGAAGUUGGCGUAGUUCGGUUGAUGGACAAAUUCCGGUGGCCCCUCAUUCGGUACUCUCAUCGUCAAUUCAUGUCGCCGGCGAGCAGAAGGCAGUGACACCAGGUGUGUUAGCUUGGGAUCGAAGGGUGAACAUGGAGUGUAACAUAUAACGGCAAACAUGGAAUGCAAUAUAUAAUUAUUGGUCUCUAGCAAAUUAGUUUAAGAGAGGAAAGUUUAAUUUUAGGGGGAUUGCCAUAAAGUAUUGGGGAAAAUUCUGUUGUAAUUACAUGAUAGUGAGAGCUUUUGCUCUUGCUUCGUCAUAGCUUUAGCUUUACUGUGUUCUGUAAUUACAGUUACGGUUCCGUAGCAACUUUUUUGAUAUCGUUGUGGUUGUUCCUUUGACCAAA